AUGUUGUCGCCCUCCGCCAUAGGGUCCGCGGCGUCGGUGGAACUAAUGGACACCGUCCGCGCAUCGUUCCCGUCGCUGGCGUUCCGAGUCACCUCCAUCCGCAGCGCGCUCGACCGGCCGCUCAACUACGCGCGGUCCUAUCUUGCCCCCAUGUUGUCGUCGUGCGUGCGUCAUGUCGUGUACCUCGACUCCGACGUCAUCCUCACCAACAACAUCGCGGUGCUCGCGGCGACCCUGCUCCCGGGGGAGGCAGCCGUGGCAGCGCCUGAGUACUGUUGCACCAGCUUCACUGCCUACUUCACACCGGGGUUCUAG